GAUACAGCAGCGCCGGUAGGGGCGGGGCAGCACUGCAGCAGUGCGCCUCUCGAGCUGUCUCCGGUAAUGUUCUAUAGGAUACACACGCCCCUAUCCGCCCCUGCCGCGAGACAGGUGGUUGGACUGUAUGCUUUCAUUCGCGAGCGCUCCCUCUUGAAAUAAGAAAAAAAAAAAAAAAAAAACGCACGCAUAUCUGUUUACAGCAGCGAGGGGUCGGUUGGCGCGAGCGCGUCCCCGAUGGACUCCCAGCGUGUGACCUACCCGAUCACCGGGCGGAUAGCGGGAGAGGGGGGCAACAACCGGAACGCACGAGGAGGAGAGCCCCGCCGAUCUACUACUACCCAAUGUUUCUCAGCAAACCGCUCGAGCUGCUGUUCACGGAGAGGGCUCUACCGAGGGACGGAUGAGAUGCGCGAGUGAUAAGUUGACACGAUUACGGUGGGAAUUCGCAUCUGAGAGGCGGCAGGACCAUUUGUGACAACCCCUCCGGUCUGGAAAGUUCCCCUUCCGUAGAGGUUUAUCAUGGCUACAGGCGCCGGUAAGGCUGCACAGCCCCCCGGGCCGGGCUCCGCCGUUAACGGGACUGCGGCAGACUUCCAGAACAUCGAGCAGGAGCUGUACGACUACCAGAUGCACAGCAAGAUGUGCAAGAAGAUCGCUCAACUCACCAAGGUAAGACCUGCCGGUGACACCGAGAGAUGCGCGCGGCCAGGCGGGCGGGCGAACGCACGCGCUGUCACUGAGUGUGUCGGGCUGAUUGGAUGAUCUGGCGGCUGCCUCACGCUGCCAUUGCGCUGUAAUAUAAUUUCGUGGAAAGAACGUGACCUGUAAUUAUCCUCUGAUAGAUAAUAAACCAGAAAAUAAAAAAAACUAUUAAGAUAUGAAACCGAUCUUUUACCGAAUGAUCGUUAUCCAAAAAUAACUGACUCAUGAGAACACAAUCAGUAUAGCCUAUAACAGUCUGGUAAAGUCUCAUGUGCUUUAACACUAUGGAUGAUUGCUCAUACAGUUACCUCUUGGAAAACUUGGAUUCAUUGGUCGUCGUGACUGACAGUAAUCAGGCAUCAGGGAUCAGUCAGAGCUUUGGGUGCAGGCUGCAGAUCUCCGGCAAUUUGAGAGCCAAAAACCCUGAACUGUGACAGCAAUUAGGGGCGAUGGGUUUGUUAUUUAAUCUGCAGAUGAUCGUCGAUUAAUUGAGAUUUGAUCAAAUAAAGUGCUGCAAAUAUUCUGUGACAGAUCCCAACUAUUAAUCUGUGAAAAAAAUACGAUUUUAAAGGUAUCAAUGAACAGUGAUAUUGAACCAGUAAAUGAAGAAACGCCUUGUAUUCUUCUAGGGCUGGGCGAUAUGGACUAAAAUUCAUAUCCUGAUAUAUUCAGGCUGAAUAUCGAUAUGCAAUAUAUAUCCUGAUAAUGUUUUCGCAAAGUGAGAGCAAAUGUUUUGUCACCGUCAAAACCAAAUAUGACAUGUCACAAGUAAAUCUAUUUAAACUGGCACUGCUCUUGAAUUUUGCAACUCUGUUCGUCGUCCACCACUAACGUUUUCAUCUUGUCACUAACUAACGUCUCAUCACAUUUUAGUCAUCUAAGUCUUAUGUUUAGCUUGUCAACGUCACGUCUUCGUUGUGGAAAAAAAGGGGCGUUGACGAAAUAUUUUUGUCAACGUCAUCAUUAACGAAAACAACAUUGUGUAACCACAGGAGUGUCUUUUUUGUUUUUUUUUUUUUUAAAAUUGGAGCUCUAUAAGGUGCAUAUUUAAAUGAAAAAUACAUCUUAAAUAAAACUAGCCUAUAAAGUAAAAUAGGCCAAUCUUUUUCUGAAAUAAAUUUAUUUACUUUGAUAAACAGUUAGUGCCGUCUUGAGGUAGACAUUAGACAGACAAGUGUGUCCUUCUUUGUUGAAAGGUUUUGUGUGAGAAACACCAGCCUGUCAACAGCCGCAUCUGAUAUCUGUAUAUCGAUAUAUGCGAUAUGGUCCAACUCCAUAUCUCAUUUAAAAAUAUGUCGAUAUAUUUCUUAUAUCGAUAUAUCGCCCAGUCCUACAUUCUGCCUGAAAAUACUUAUCAGUUAAAAUGUGUUAAUUUGGUAAUGAGUAAAAUCUUGACAUCACCAUCAACAUUCCUCAGUGCAGUCACAUUACAGUAGCUCCUGUGUGUCUUGAUGCAGAGGGGAGGCUUGAAAGCAGCAGCAGCAGUAAUAGCUUUGUCUGUUUCUGCUGGUUUUUCAUACAGUAAGCUAUAUGGGGAUUCUCCCUCUGUCUCUCUGGUUCACAAUAAUGCUUACAGAAGCAGGGCAUGACCCAUUGCUUGUUGAGCUAUGACAAUUACUGAUGACUGUGCAGUUCCCAUCUCCCCUGUUAGUUCACUUCUUCAAGUGUGUAUGUGUGUGUGUGCCUGUGUUCAGGGACAUGUCUGUAGCUCACUAUAUGCUGCAGUUGUAUUUGCGUGUGUUGUUUGGAAAUCUCGGUCUUCUUUAUAGGCGCACACUAACAGAGAUGACACAGAGGAGAGGUCAGCACUUGUGUCUGUGCUCGUUAGAGGAAUCUGCCAGCCAAGUCUCUCUACCUCUCAUGCCUUCCCCGCUCCCUCCAUCCUCUAAUAAAAAUAGAAGACAGGACUUGUUUCUCUCUUGAAACUUUGUGCAAGCUCUGCCAACUCUGCUUCUUUAGCUCUUUGAUGACCACAGAGGAUAAAUCCGAAACCGGGAGCGCUGAUGAAAUAUAAGAAUCAUCACAUUGGAUACUUGGCGUAAGCAUUUUCUUUGAGCCCGGGGAUGCUGGGAAUGUGACACACAGUUUAUUUGAGUGUUUUGGGAUAGUGGGGAGGAAGUGAGAAAUGGGUCAGCUGUGGUAACCUUAUAUAUUUAAUAACCCCCCUCCUCUCCCCCAACACACACUCACAUAUGCACUUCUACUUAGCACACCUCCUCUCACUUCUCCACUCACUCAUUCUCACACACUUAUGCUUGACUUACACAACCCCUCCCCCCCUCUGAGAGAGUGUGGUCUGUCCUGGUUGAAUGGGCGCUGCUUAAUAUAAACCAGUAGCACAUCAGAGUGUGUUUACAUGGCAGAACAAGCCAAUGGGAAGAAAGCGAGGGCUGACCGGGCCGGCUGUUGUGAAUGUUCACAUACGCUUGUGCACUAACAGGCAAAAACACACUCACAUGAGUGGAGAGUAGUGUCUGUAUAUGACUCACAUAUGUCCACAGUAACAUAUUUUAGUGUAUGUCUGUGUUUAUGUACACAUUUUGAUUGGCGCGGCUGAUUCUGUCCAUGUGUUUUUCUCCUCACCAUGCUCCAUAUAUUUGCUUUGAUGUGUGUAGGCAUUUUUUGUGUAAAUGUGUGUGUUUUCAGUGUGUGUAGGUGUGGGCUGAUGUAAGAGAAAGUGUGCGCUGGCCUGCCUGUCUCUUUGCCUAACCUCUUCUCUGUGCACCAUCUCUUCAGUCCACAUCUCACUCCUGUUUCAACAGCCCUGUCGAAGCUAGCGCCUCUUUACACCAAAGACAGAAUAUUCAUUUCAUGCUUUGCUGGCUAUGAAGUUAUUGUCAAUAAGCACAGCCACUGGCUGCUGAGGCUACAUGAAUAACAUCAUCGACUGACACAAUCAAUAUGGGAAUCUGGAGACAGGAUUUACAGUAGCAGGAAGCUCUGACUACUCUCUGCCCAAACUGCAAUCACAAGCCUCACAAGGAUUUUCAGCUCAAAGAAAGAACCCAAGCGGAGCAAAACUGGAAUCAGUUACAUACUGAAACAUUUCUCUCUUUUUUUGACAAUGGUGGCCCUCUUUUUUUUCCAGAAGUAGUGAACACAUUUGUCCCUCCUCUAACAACUUCUCUUCAACUGUGCGAGGCAAAUCAGAAACCAUCUUGAGAUGAUAUCAGAUACUAACCUUGAGCUUGCCCUGACUGUCAUGUUCUGUGUGGCCAGAAGCGGCAAUAAUAGGAUAAUUGUAGGCAAAAAUAUUGUGAUCUUAAAGCGAUAUUCUGGCGUAGAAUUAAUUCAGGGUCGAACACACCGAGUUAGACACCCCGUCGAGCGAUGAAUGUUGCCAACCGCUUUCUUCUCUAGUUACACCAACUUUAGUAACGACCGCAGGAUAGAAAUACACAGCGGUCUGAGGAGCCAUAAACAAACCUCAACCAAAACGCCACUCUAUAGCCACAGAUAAUGCUCAGAACAGCACCUAACUUCACCCACAGUACAUACAGGGUCCUAGCCACAACACUAGCCACCAAACAUCUUUUUAACUUUGCCUGAUUUCGGCAGCAGCAGCUUGUUUGUACAGAGACCUCAGACUAAUCCAUUACAGACUGCUGCUUGGUGACGCAGCUCAAGGAAGAACAUUUAUGAUAAUUUCUUCAUCAUUUCCUCAAAGUAAUAAUCACUAUAUUAAUCAUUUUGCAGAGAGUAGGUGAGUUGUGUUUAGUCUCUUUGCUAAAGAAAUCCGGCAAAGUUAAAAAGAUGUUUGGUGCCUAAUGCUGUGGCCCUAUACAUACUGUUGAUGAAGUUAGUUGCUGUUCUGAUCAUUAUUUGUGGCUACAGAGUGACGUUUUGGUUGAGGUUUGUUGAUGGUUUCUCAGCCCGCUGUGUAUUGCUAUCAUGCGGUUGGUACUUAAGUUGGUAUGACUAGAGAAGCAAGCGGUCGGCAACAUUAACCUCCCGAGGGGGUGUCUAACUCAGUGUUAUGGUGUGUUGGACCCUAAAUUAAUUUUACGCCAGAAUAUCCCUUUAAGCUUACAUUAGCUUUAAUAACCCAAUGAAAGUAGCACUGAACAAAUGCUGGGUAAUGUGCUCUUUGAAAUGUUAUUCCAUUUGUAUAAGAAGUAGAAAUGAUUGAAUACUGGGGCAGUGAUCUGUGGAGGUUGCUUGAAAUUUUUUAAAAAGCACGAAAAAGAAGAGUAGGAAAAUCUCUAAAUAAGCUUAAUUGUUGUGUGAUUUUUUUUGUUUGUCAACUUCUAUUGAAAAAAAAAGAAGUUUCGAUGGCCUGAAUCUAGGGAGAAGGUGGCCUCCAUUCCAGUGGAUCUCACUGAUACUUCUGUGACUAAAUGGGGCCAAAUUUCCAGAGCCAAGUCCUGUUUAGAGGACAGUUGCAUAUUAUGAUAAAUUCAUGAAGGUAGUUUUGGAACGAGAUCUUUAUAAUCUGUAUCAUUCCAUGUGGCCCUAACAUCCUGGUUUUAGGAAGUGGGAUCAAACAACCUUCAGGAGAGGCCUUCUGAAUCUUCAUCCCUCUUUGCUUUUAUUUUCCCUCACCAUUAGUCUCCCUUUCAAACUCGGCAACAAGGGCGAGCCAAGAGCAGCACGCAAGUACACUCCCUAAAGAGUCUGCCCUCGAUUCCGAGUCACCUCUCAUGGCCCUGAGCCACGAGUAAUAGUUUGUGAGCCAAAGUUCAUGCACUGUGACGUGAUUGAAUACCAAGCAACUCAGGCUGUUUGACUGAGAGGAAGAAAGACAGAGAGAGACAAGUUUCUGAUCGCACUCCUGAAAGGUGUCCAUCAUUGAUAUCUGUUGAUAAAUCAUAGGAAAUACAACAGAGAUUAAUGGACAUUUGAAAUGCUGAGACCAUUUGUGAGCAAGAGAGAUGUGGUGACAUGUACUUACACACACACACACACACACACACAUAGACACACAUACAUACACAGGGAAUGUCCACCCAUGCUGUGCCAGCUGUGUGCUGCAGACAGAGAGGCGUCUGGGUAAAAUAUGAGCCUAUGUGUCCCCGUGCACACAUGCGCACACAAAAACACACACACCUCUGUCAGUGUGUAAGUGAGACGUCAGGGUCAGUGGGAGUGGAUGAUGACACUGUAGACAUAGUGUAGAGGGUAAAGUGAAUAGUGGAGAGAAACGGGCCAUAUUUCAGGUGUUAGUCAGUGUCUAUAUUGGUCAGAUGUGCUAGCAGGCAGAAGAAUCACUGCAUGAACCAACAGUGACUAGACUACAUUAAUACACAGGACUUUGUUUGCAGCACAAACACACAGUUUGCCAGUGUUACUCUUUAACCUCUGUUGUUUGUGUUUGAGGGAUUAUUUUAUUGCCACGCCAGUCAGUGUCACUCUCUCUGUUGUCGAAAAGCUGCAAGCUCAAAAUGUAAGCUCAACAUUGUAAUAUUUGUGGACUAUUUAUACCGGUUCCUUGAUGGUUGCAGUGGCAGGCUUGUGAAAUGAAAAAUGGGGUAAACAGCCUGGCAGAUCUGUGGCUUUGGUUGCUCAAAUAAGUAUUUUUCUACAUCAAACUUGGUCAAAAAACAUCACUGGGAUAACAUGAUACCAAUCAACAAUGUAGUGAUUUGAACUUUUUCGAUCAUGAGCACGAACAUUAAAUCAAUCAGCACUUCAAGUUAUCCUCAUAUUAUCAAGUAAUGAGGCACAAUUUUUGAUAAGUUCUUAUCAGAAGGGGAAAAUCUAUCAUUCACUGUCAGAGUCGGCUCAAGCUCGACUAUGAUGGACGCUUUCUUCCUGAAAUUACUCUGCAGUUGUAUCCAAAAAUAGCGGAAGUGCUCUACGAAAGCAUUUUUCCCUCAAUCCUUUGACCCAAGGGACAGAAAACAUUAAAAUAAAUCUUUUCUGCUACCGCAAAAUAAGCCAAAAAUAAUCACGAAAAAAGCCCUUAGAUAUGGUGGGGGAAGAGAGUAAAAAUAACACAAUCAGGAUGGAGUUAUUAUAAAUUUUGAGGGUACAAAGACUUUAAAAGGUUCAUCAUUAGAGCGUAUGACCAUGAACAUGUGAAAAGUGAGGGGCGGUUUGCUCAUAAAUUCUGUAAAAGCUGCGAAGAUUAUAAGACUGGGUUAAUUACAAAGAUGAAAUUCUGAGCAUGUUUCACCAGAUUAUGUCUGUAAAGCACAAAUGUCAGCUUUCAUUAAGUCUCUCCUGGCUUGUCAUUGAUGCUCCCCAGGUGAUUUACUCUCUGAACAUGAAGAAUGAGGAGCAGGAGGCGGCCCUGCAGGCCUUGAGCCACGCCCACCACGAGGAGCUGCACCGCAUCCUGAUGGAGACGUGUCAUGAAGGAGAAGGGUCAGCGCUGAGGACGCGCCUCCUUGAGCUGCAGGAGUCCUUGGAUGAGCAGCUGAGGGUUGGAGCUCAGGUAUGUGGGGACUUGUCAUUGUGCAUCGACGUGUGUAUGUGUGUGUUUAUCUGUGUGGUUGUACCCUCAACCUGCUGAUCACAAGAUUAACAGAGCCUAUUCAAGGACAGGGUGUAAUGCUGUAUUUGAUGUGUUAACUCUCAGGGGAAGCAGCCAAUCAGAAUCACCCUCGGUGUGACCUACAACAGUCAACCUCAUUCAGAUCGCUCGCAUCCAUGUCCAAAACUUCAUGCCUCAUAUACAUGCUACACACCAUGAUGAAAUACCAUUAUAAAGUACCCGUGGGAAGUUCUCUGGAAAAGGAAAGAAACUAAACAACUAAGGGGAUAAAACAUUCAUGGAGACCUAAAAGUUUCAUUGGAAAAUCAUCUUCCAUAUGUUUCCUGGUUUGGCUGUAGGAAAUUUUCUUUUUCCUUUUUAGGAGCUUCUUAUCACAGGAGACUUAAUACCCACCAACAACAAAUACACCCCUGCAUCCUUUCAUGCAUUUAUCCUUUCUUGAUUUCUUGUGGACAAGACUCAGUUUUUUGUGAAACAGUGUAAAACACCAAAGUGUGGCAAAAGAGGUUUUAUAUAUUGAUGACCAGAGGCAUAAACAUAAUCCCUGUGCGAUAGUCUGAAAUGUGGGCUACAGCUAAAUGAAUAUAUUGUUAGUAGUAGGAGGAAUACAUUAUCAAAAUUGGAGCAGGCAGUGCCAUAGAGCCGCUGAUACAUGCGACAAAGACACAACAAGUAUAAAAAAGUACACCGCAGAGCUGUAGAUCGAAUAGUUCACUUCUUUUGAGCACAAACAUGACCUGAUUAUAGGUAACAUUAGGUAAUGUCGUAAACAGCAGUAAGUGGUCUUUGCAAAGAGACAUGAGACUUUCAGAGGUGUUCAGAUAAAGAAAAUGAAAACUAUCCUGAGUCAGUCAAUUCUGGUGAUUGUUCACUCCAUGUGACUCCAAAACAAUUUUAAAUAAAGUUUAAAAUAAUCUUAGAAAUAAUGUGAUGGAUGCGUCUUAUGUAAAUGUCAAAUACAGUCAUUCUUUAAUUAGUAUCUUUGUAGACUUAAUGAAGCCUGAAGUAAGCCGGAAAUUAGUUUCUUUUUAUACGCCCAGAGUUGAUUUGAAGCCUUUAAAAUUAAAGUGAUUACACCGGGAAGUACUUAUUUUUUUGUCCCGUGUGAGUGUAUUUUACUUCUUGGGACUCUAUUUUAUGCAUAUAAUGUUAAUAUGAUUUUUUUGUGUAUUCAUGUGUUCAACAAAGACAAAAUACAAAACCACUUUAAACAAUCUAGAGCGUGUGAGAAAAAACGUCACCUCAGCUCCUCUCAGUGGAGGUCUGCAGCCAGACCCCUCUUUGAUUAUUUGUAUUUAGCAGAAUUGAAUGGGUUACCAUAAAAUAUAUAUUUUUUUUUUCAAUUUUUUAUGAUUUGUAUUUUAUUGGAUUUUUGAAUAUCGUAUAUCACAGGUACACAUGUGCAAAUGUUGUAUUUGUUGUAAGCAUUGACUUGUAUACAGAAAGUAAACAAAUAACUAUAUUAUACAAUGCUUACACUCCAGGAAAGAGAGAAAACAACAACAAAAAAACACACAACAAAAAGAAAAAAAUACAUAAAAUGUAAAACUUGUAAGCUGGCAGGCAACCAGUUGAAGAUAAAUGGAAAGGUUCUCAAGUAGUGAAAGUUUGAUUGGAUCUGAAAGUAGCAAAAAAAUGUUUGUUCCCCUAAAAUCUUCCUCAUUGAGGAAACUUUAAAGACCUGAAAAUAGAAAUGAUGGAGCGGUGUUGAAUUAUCACUCACUUUAUUCUCAAAAAGCCGUACAGCAUUUCAUUAUUCACCUCAGAAUCCUGUACACUUAAUUUUUUAUAUCUCCAACCUGCCUGAUGUCAACAGCUCUAGCUAGAACUGCUGUUACCUUACACUGAGCACUGCUCAAAUUUGACAUUUUUGACAGUUUCUUGAUCUCAAUUGAGCCAAUCAAACUUGAAAUAGGAAAAUAUUUGCUGUUUGAAAUGAGUGUUUCACUCUGUACUCAGGAUAUAUGCUGAAGAGCCCGUUUCUGUCAUCGCAUUUAUAUAAUUCUUUUGUCUGCUGUGCCUCCAGGUGCAAGCAGACUUUGAGUGCUUCCGCAUCCAAGCAGAGGAGAGGGAGCGUGAAACCGAGGCUGAGCUGAGAAAAGGGUUUGAGGAGAGACUCCAGGCUGCAGAGGAGGAGCUUCAGGAGGUCAAGGCCCAAAUGACUGACGCCCAAGAGGAGAAUUUAUGUCUGAGCAAAGAAUUGGAAAAGGCUGGUGAGCAAAUCCAAGCGCUGGAGGCCAAAUGCGAGGAGCUACAGACAGUGGCUGAUGAGGGAAGACAAAGGGAAGAGGAGGAGAGAAAAAAGGAGGAAGAGGAGAGGCAAACGGGGGAACGGCAGGACUUGGAAAGAGUAAAAGGGCUCUUGGAGGAGGUGAAGAAGCUGAAGGAGGAGAGGGAUCGAGCGGAGGUGGAGAGGAGGCGAGCGGAGAAAGAGGAACGGGAGCACUGGGAGCGGAAGAUAACUGAACUGACCGAGGAGAAAGAGGAGAUGAGGAGAAAGAUGGAGGCGGAGUGGAGAGAGGAGCGGCAGAGGUGGGAAGAGAGGGAAGAGGAGGAAAAGAAAGGGAUGCACAGUGCUCUGAGAGAAAGGGUGAAGAGGGCCGAGGCAGAGGUGGAAGGUCACCUGGAGAGGUUGGCUGAGAGCAAAAGAAACACUGUCAAACUACAAGAGCGGAUACAGGUACACACAAACACACACAUCAUUACCCAUAGUCCUUUUCUUCACACUGAAACUAGAGUCUGAAUCUUUUAGAGAGGGAGAUGCAAGCAAAUCCAAACGUUGCAGAAUCUUGCUGCUGCUGCUGGAGUUUAAGGGGAGGGGGCGCAGAGACAGAGAGAAAAGAGAGGUGGGAUCCUCCCUGUCUUAACCACCGGCUGUUCUCUGUGAGGGCUGUUCCCUCUGCCAGCGAUCUGCUAAUGAGCAGUUUGAGCAGGAUAAAUUUGCUGCGCCACCACCAUUACCACCUCUUGGAUGAGCAUUAAGAAGCCCUACAAGAGCUGGCACAGAGCUGACAUAAGCCCUGGCAGUAAACCAUUUAAGGCUCACAGCUGGGCCAGAUAGCUUCCUGACUCACCACAUUUUAUCCCAUUUUUCUCCCAUCACACUCCCUGUCUCCCCAGCUCAGGUUGUUUCUCUCUUUCCUGCUUCUCUGUAUCAAAUUUGUGUCAGUUUCUCCCUCUACCUCAUUUUUUUCCCUCUCUUCUCUGUUCCCCCAUGCUUUUUGUCAACUCACAAUACCCUGCUGCAUUGACCUCCUCACUUCAAAAACCUCUCUCAAGGACCUGGAGGAGGAGCUGGAACUGGACAGGAGGCGCGUGUCAGAGGCCGAAGGCGUGGCCAAACGGGCGGAGGAGGAGCUGGCGGUGGCCAAGGAGAGGCUGCUGCUCCAGGAGGACGAGCUGCAGAGCAGAGCAGGUGAUCAGUCAGUCUGCCUGUCUCUCUAGUCAGCUGGAGAACUCUCUGCUGAGCUCAGUGUUUUUCCAUUAUUCAUUGUGACUCAGGCAUGGUUAAUGAAGUUAUAGCCUCACACCAUUAUAAUAUAUACAGAAAAUGCAACACACACAUUAUUCAUCCUCCACAAACAGGAACAGUUCAUCAAAGUGUCAUCAUACCCAGUCAGCAGAAAUGCUACAAAUUUUAUUUAUUGCAUAAGAAAGAUUUUUGUUCAAGGCUUCUCCCCGUUCAGUUGUAGGUCCAAUGCUUUCAUUAAAUAUAAUCAAUCAAUUCAUGAUUGUGCACAUUUUGUAAGUGCGUUACUGUUCCCUUAGUUUGGCAUAACAUCUUUGUGUGUUCUCCAUGUGUGUGUGUGUGUCUAUUAGAGGAGCUGCAGAACCGCGGAGGCUGCGAGGUGUGUGUGUGUGCUGAGGUGGAGGAGCUGAGGAGUCAGGUGAGCCGUCUACAGAGUAAAAACCGAGAGCUGGAGCUGCAGAGCAGCGGCAGGAACAGUGACCACGCCCGACAGAUACGCCAGGUGACACACACACACAGACACACACAACCAGAAUAGUGUGCAGUUACAUGUCUCAGUAUGUUAAACACUACACCUGGAGUCCUAUUAGGCUACUGCUCCAUUGAAUUUUGGAAACAGUUUUUUUUUCUGUGUUAUUUCACUGGAUUGCAUUUUAUUCGUUCAUUAUGAAGUGAAGACAUCUUUAAGAAUCAACGCUUAUGACUACUGCUAAAUAAUGUAAAUAAAAGAAUUACAUGUUUCCAAAAUUAACACCAAAACUGAACAAAACAAUCUUUGCAGAGUACAUUUUUGUCAUUUGGGGUAUCAUCUAGGGCUGGGCGAGAAACCGAAAAUUUACAGAUACCAAAAUUUACAUCAAUAACUGACACAAUUUGCCCAUAACGGUAUAUUCAGUGUAAAAAAAAACUGAAUGAAAAAAGUUUGUUUUGGAUGUGUGUAGGUGAGUUAUGGUCUUAUGUCCGUUUAAAAUGCUGUCCUACGACAGAGACGUGACUCCACCCCAUCCAGUCUGUGACAAAGAGGGAAAGACAGGUGAGGAGAUGGAGGACGGUUCAAAAGUUGUGGAGCGGAGGCUGAAGUAGACAAAGUUUAUGCCGGAGGUGGUGAGCAGCUUGUGGUGUAGUUACCGUCCAUUUAUCGUUAUCGAGGUGAACUGCUCAAUAAAUUGUGAUAUUGAUUUGAGGCCAUAUCGCCCAGCCCUAGUAUCAACAUCUCUGGGUUUUGAACAGUUGUAUUGAAACUAUUAUAACUUGGAGAUGGUACCUCAGGCUCCAGAAAAUGUUGUGACUAUUUACACAAUUGUUUUUCCACCUAUUGACUGACUGACUGACUGAAUGAUUUGAUUGUUAAAAAAAGAAAGCAUAAAAACUGUUCAUGUACAUUGAGUGCAGUAUCGGCCCCUCAGAGCUUCUUAUUUCUUCCACAGCAUGCGGAGGCUCUGUCCAGUCUUCGUUCCGAGAUGGUGAGAGCCCAGGCUGAGGAAUUGCGCCGCAUCCAAAAACAUGCCGACGACGAGAAGGACAAACUGCAGAAGGAGAUAGAAAAAGAGAGGGAAACCCUGCAGAAGGAAAGAGAGCAAGAAAAAGACAAGUUUGAGAAAGACAGAAACAGACUGCAAAAAGAAAGAGAAGAGGAGAAGGAGGUGCUUCACAAAGAGGUGGAAGAGAUGAGAGAACGUCUGAGGAGAGAAAAAGAGGAAGAGGUGGACCGGCUGCGGAAGGAGCUUGAAGUUGAAAGAGUUCGUGGUCGCUCACAGUUGGACAAGAGCAUCGAGCAGGUGGAGCAGGAGAGAGCCAACGUGCAGCAGAAGCUGGAGGAGGAGAAGAGAAGAUUAGUGGAGAAGGCCGAGGAGGACAGGAAGCGGUUGAAAGAGCAGGUGCGAAAGGCGAUAGAAGAGGUGAUGAGGAGGCACGCCGCUGAACUGCAAAGCGCUCAGGAAGCCCUGAGCUCAGAGAAGAAGACCAACCAAGAGGUCAGAAAGUGUCUGAUGGGAGGGGAUACUUAAUCUGAUUUUAUAUUAUUGUCAGGGAGGACACAUGUGCACCAGUUUGAGCUUUCCGCUGCACUUGACACAGGUCCACAGUGGCACAAAAAACACGUUAAUCUGGUUUGUUUAUCAUCUUGAUCGUACUUUUUUACCUUUUCUUAAUCUAGACUAGUCAUUACAGUACAUCAUAAAACAAAUAACAAGGAAAGCACAUUGAAAGCAACAGUCAGGAACUUUCAGAUCUUGCCCUUUACUCGUGUAAGUGGAGUUUUCUGACAAAUAACCGCAUCCUGAUGUCUCAUCUAUCACUCAUCAAGAAACUUGUGGUGUAAAAAUGUAAACAAAAGCUGUUAGGUUUAGCCACUUUGUCACUCACUAACCAUGUAGCAUUGAUUUCAGACAUGAAAAUGACCUCAUAGAAAAAAUGCUGAUGAUUUGUGCUGAUUAUCUUGCUUUUGUGGACAUCAGUAUUAAUCUCAGUCUAUUCAAUAACCACCUAAAGACUGCAUAGGCGCUUUAACUUAUGGUUAUUGCAGACACAUCCCGUCUCAAAGCUAUGCAGAGAAUAAGACCGUGAUUUUCUUACUUCUUGACAGGAUGUUAAAAAGUCAUAUAAUCAUUCGCCUUAUAAGAAAACACAGAUUUAUGAGCAUGAUCUUUUGAAACUAUCUCAAGCAUUCAGAUGUUUACUUUCACACAAUAAGCCAGAUUUCAGAAGGGAUGUGUUCGCAUGCAAGGCUUGCCCUCCUGUAAUACUUUAUUUUUAAACUGAGGCUGUCAGAUUUCUCUCUUUGUAAGAGCAUUUAAACUGACAGUGCCAUAAAAGGACAGGAUCUGUUAUGAAAGAGGACACUUUUUCUUUCUCAAAUUUGCACUUUAUCUGAAUUUCAAAAAUAGCCCACUGUGCAGCUGUGGCAGCCAGCUCAUAGCAUAGGCUUAAUUAUUUUAGUUUCAGCUUCACUCAGACUUGGCAUUUAAUUAUUUUUUUUGCAAACAAGGACAAAACGCUUUGAGUAAUAAUUUUCCUUUUCAUCCUGUCACAGCUGUGACAGUCACACUUUUCCCUCGCUCUGUCUGUAUGAUGCAAAUGAGCGUUUUGUAGAUACUCUCUGAAGAAAAACAUUGAAAGAAGGAGCCGCAAGAAGAGAUCCUGCACCAUUUUAAUGGCUUUUUACUUACUGCAUAAACCUGAUAGAGGCUGUUCUGUGUUCAUGUGAUGUACAGGGAAUCAGCAGCAGUAAGUAAGUGGCUGAUUAUGAUGCAGGUUAGUCUGGUCGAAACAUUCUGGGCUGUUGACCUCUUAAAUCGCCCAGCUGUGGCCUCAUGUCAGCAGGUUCACAGUUGCUAUGACCCACCUUUAAUUAGGUGUCCUUAGAAAGCAGGAAAGGUACUAUUAUGCAGAUGCUUUUUUUUUCUAAUCAAAUUCAAAAAUAAGAUGCCUGUCUGCAAAAAAUGUUUGACCUUAAAGGGAUAUUCCGGUGUAAAAUUAAUUUAGGGUCAAACACACCGUAACACACAGUUAGACACCCCAACUUUAGGUAGCAAUACAGAGAACCGUGCACUCAACCAGAACGCCACUCUAUAGCCACAAAUAAUGCUCAGAACAGCACCUAACUUCAUCAACAGGACAUAUAGGGUCCUAGCCAUAGCACCAGACACCAAACAUCUUUUUAACUUUGACUAAUUUCUUUAGCAAAGAGACUAAACACAACUCACCUACUCUCUUCCAGCAGCCGCUUGUUUGUAGGGAGACCUUGGACAAGUCUAUCACUGAGUGCAGCGGGAUGACGCAGCUCAAGGAAGAACAUUUAUGAUCAUUACUUCAUGGAAAUGCAAUCAGACCGAGACGCUAAGGCAGAAGAACUACCGCGUCUGCAGUACAAAAUGAUUAAUAUAGGGGUUAAUUACUUAAAGGAAUUGAUAAAGUAAUGAUCAUAAAUGUUCUUCCUUGAGCUGCGUCACCCCGCUGCAGUCCAUAAUGGACUGGCCCGAGGUCUGGAAGAGAGUAGGUGAGUUGUGUUUAGUCUCUUUGCUAAAGAAAUCAGGCAAAGUUUAAAAGAUGUUUGGUGGCUAGUGCUGUGGCUGGGACCCUAUAUGUACUGUUGAUGAAGUUAGGUAAUUUAGUUAUGAUUUAGUAAUAAAUAAUUUAGUUUGACUAAAGUGAAUAAGAGAUAAUUCGUGAAUUUAACAAUAGUUUUUAUGAACUUUCUUUUAAGAUGUGUGCGCAUUUAGAAGUGGAGAGAAGACGCAGCGAGGAGCUUCACAACAUGUUGGAGAAGGAAAGAGAGGAGCUGAGGACAAAACUGAGAGAUGCUACUAAUGAGGUCAGAGGGCAAUCUUCUUUGUUCAUCAGCUUAAAAAAAACAUCCAGCUAUUAAAAAUAAAGGUGAUAAAACUGAUAAUUUUUGUGAGGUGAAACUUCCUGUGCUCUCAGAUCUGCAGGCUUGAAUCAGUCAUCCAAAUGCAGGACAAGAAAGAGAAAGUCGCUCCUGAAGCUGCGCCUCCGUGUGGGCCGCAAUGCACUCGAUUGGAGGAAGAGCUCCACCAGACCCGGACGCGGCUGGCUCGAAUACAGGAGGAGGCAGAGAAGCAGAGGGAUAGGCAGCAGAGAGAGAUUGCAUCCCUGAGAGCCGACAAACACAGGCUGGAGGAGAAAGUCCUGGAACAAAGCCGACUGAAUGCAGAGAGGAGUCUUCUAGAGCAGGGCCAGCGGCACUCUGAGGACCGGAUCAGGUAGCAGAAUCAACACUGAGCUGCCAGAACUGCUUAAGCUAACAUUACAAAGUCUGAACUCUGCUUUAAUCACUUACUGCCCUCAUGUUAGCAGAUCGCAGGCUCAAAGCUAAAGCAUCCCCAACCCCAACCAACCAGGGGGAUUUAGGGUCACUCGUGUUGACAUAUAAUAUUGAGCAGAGAAAAACAUGCCAAGACAUUAGCUGGAGCAAUAAAAAAGAUACAUGAUGCUACACAGCAUGCAUUACACAACAUCAGUGCAUCAGCAAAUAUUAAAUCAAUACCACAGUUCAAAUAAACAUCAGCCAUAAUGUUUUUAGAAACCAAUUAGCCUUUCCUGUCUCACUGAGUGGUUCUGUAACUUCAUUACUAGCUGAAGAUGAUUGCCAACACUGUAAACAGCUCUUGACUGUUCCUUCAAGUGUUUCAGCUGCUCUCAUAUACAAGAGGAAAAACUGUUUUAAGGAAACAAAAGAAUGAGUUCUACCUCACAAUGAGUUUAUCGUCUUGUUUAUGUAUUAAGUGCUAUUAUCAUGAGACUCGUAUAUUAAAGGGAUAUUCCGGCGUAAAAUUAAUUUAGGGUCAGACACACCAUAACACCGAGUUAGACCCCCCCUCAAGAGAUUUAUGUUGCCGACUGCUUGCUUCUCUAGUUAUACCAACUUUAGCAAUGACCACACAAUAGCAAAACACAGCGGUCUGAGGAGCUAGGUCCAAACCUCAGAACAGUACUCAAUAAUGCUCAGAACAGCACCUAACUUCAUCAACAGUACAUAUAGGAUUCUAGCCAAAGUGUUAGCCUCCAAACAUCUUUUUAGCUUUGCCUGAUUUCUUUAGCAAUGAAACUAAACACAACAUACCUACUCUCUUCCAGCAGCCGCUUGUUUGUAGCGAGUCCAUUACAGACUGCUGCGGGGUGACGCAGCUCAAGGAAGAACAUUUAUGAUCAUUUCUUCAUGGAAAUACAAUCAGACUGAGACACUAAGGCAGAUUAACAACCGUGUCUGCAGUGCAAAAUGAUUAAUAUAGUGAUUAUUACUUAAGGAAUUGAUAAAGUAAUGAUCAUAAAUGUUCUUCCUUGAGCUGUGUCACCCCGCAGCAGUCCAUAAUGGACUGACCUGAGGUCUCCAUACAAACAUGUGGCUGCUGGAGGAGAGUAGGUGAGUUGUGUUUAGUCUCUUUGCUAAAGAAAUUAGGCAAAGCUAAAAAGAUGUUUGGUGGCUAGUGCUAUGUCUGUGACCCUAUAUGUACUGUUGAUGAAGUUAGGUGUUGUUCUGAGCAUUAUUAGUGGCUAUAGAGUGGCGUUUUGGUUGAGGUUUGUUUAUGGCUCCUCAGACCCUGCAAUCGUUACUAAAAUUGGUAUAACUAGAGAAGUAAGCAGUCGGCAACAUUCAUCUCUCAAGGGGGUGUCUAACUCGGUGUUACAGUGUGUUUGACCCUAAAUUAAUUUUACGCCAGAAUAUCCCUUUAAGGAUUCAAAAGAAUGAGUUCUACCUCAUAAUGAGUUUAUCAUCUUGUUUACAUAUCAAGGGCUAUUAUCAUGAGACUUGUAUAUUAACAGCAGGUACAGCAGCCUAGAAACACAACUCCUAUGAAAGUCUCUAUGAAAAUGAUAACCAGGUUUGUGGAUGAAUCAACACCAGAGAAGUGCAUGUGCCAAAUUUAAAACCAUCAACCCACUUCAAAUAAAAAAGGUGCACCACCAACAAAGAAAUCACAACAGCAUGAUUACACAAUGGACUGUAUCAGGAACACACAAACAGUGCUUUUGCAUGUAGGUUACCUCUGCCUCACUACCUGCUGUGCCGCAUGCUUGCAGGGCAGAGUGUGAGGAUCGCCUCAGAGCAGAGUUCAGGAUCGAGAUGAACGCCGCCGUGGCUGAGAGCGAGCAGAGAUGGCAGAACAGAGAGCAAGAGAUGCAGACGCAGAUUUCUGAGCUGCAGGGGCAACUGAGCGAGGAGAAAGAACAGGUGAGUCUUCCCCCCAAACUGCCAAGAACCAUCUGUGAUUCUGGUUUUCAGGGACUUCAGGCGUGAGGAAUUUUACUAUAGAGGCAUCUAAUUAUAGCUGACGAUUAGCCGUAUCUUUAUUUAGCUGUCCGUAUUUUCCUUGAAAUGUUUAUAAAAAGCUGGAGAGAUGUACGCGUUGUGAACUUGGGUAAGUUUGGAACUUGUGUAGAUGACGAACAAUUCAAGCCUAAAGAGUCAUUUCGUUGAAUGGAGUAAUUUCCUUAAUGGAUACCUUUGGUCUGUUAUUGAAAUCUUGUAUAGCUUGCAGUGCUUCUCAAAACAAGUUAAAAGUAUGCACCUUCAACAUCAUGGCUAGUCAAACUCUCAGGGUAAGUGCUUUUGAGCCUUCAAAGACAUUUUAUUUUGACCUCAGCAGAGAGUUUUGAUUCCCUGAUUCAGCUUUGAUUAAAGACUUUAUAUUGAAGAAAAAAGAUGAGAAAUGUUCACCAGACGCCAAGAGUUGGACCAAAUACCAUGCUGAGCAGCAUCAUGUAGACUCCAUCUGGGUUUUUGUCCUCCGUUGCACUGAUUUCUCUUUUCCCCCAACUUUAUGGAAAUGUGCUGCUGAAUUGCUAGAGUGUGUUUUUAAUUAGUUCCAUAAGCCCGUUUUGCAAAAUGAAGCCUGAUUAUUUUAUUUUAUUUAUUUUAAGAAAGCCGCCGCAGUCUGCAGAAGUCUGAGACAAAAGCAGCAUCUCCAUUUAAUUUAAUGCUUUCUGCAAAAUCCUCAUCAGGGGAUUACUUUGAUGGUGGCGGAGAGCUUUCAAUUUCUUUUUUGCUCAUAAUUUUUUCGAAAAAAAUGCAGGCAGAGAUAAAGAAGGCGGGCUCAGGAGACGAUUGCCAUGGCAACCCUGAAAUUGACAGGCUGAGGAAAGAGGUCCAAGACACCAAGGAGAUAAAUAAGAAGCUGAGGGAUCUGCUGCAGGUGCACAAACACACAAAAAUCACAUGUUCUCACUUUCGUAGGAUUGCGAUGAAUAAUUAAGCAGCUGUGAUGGUAGUGCUGCUUCGGAGAUUGUGUGUACUUUUCUACACACAAACACACACACACACACACACACACACACACACACACACACACACACACACAGUAAAGUGAACUAUAUAUGUAGUGUAGAGACAGGCUUUUACAAAGACAGCUUGUGUGUUUAAUGUGCUAAAGGAACCACAGUCUCAGUCUUCAGCGGAGGAGAGACACAGCCAUGCUGUAGCUCUGCAGGCUUUGGAGAGACAGGCCAAAGAAGACGUGCUGUCUGAGAGGAACCGACUACAGACAUUGCACCAGCUGGAGCUAGGUAACACACACACACUCAUACACACACACACACACACACACAUAUGCCCAUCAACUCAUUCACACGAGCAUUAGCAUAAGCACAUGCAGAGACUGACACCUUCUGUAAAACACACACUCACACAGCUACAUGGACAAAUGAGCAGGUACACACACACAUACACACACACAAACACACACAAAUACACACAUACACACAGAGCGAUUCAGAUUAUAAAUUCAACAGUGAAGUUGCUAUUGCCAUGGAUACCCCUCACCAUGGCAACAGCGAAAUGGUACCUGUAACAGUGGGCCCAAUUGAUUUUGUUUUUCUGGAUUUGUGUUUGUGCUUUGUGUUAUGUGUGUGUGUGUGUGUGUGAUAUCAGAUAAGCAGCGUGCAGAAUUGACCCAGCAGCACACAGAGUGGAGCAGACAGAUGACCCAGAGACACAUGCAGCAGAUAGAGGACCUGCAGGCUCAACUACAGGCACACACACAGAUGAUGGCUCUGCAACAGGUAACACACAUUGAUCCUAUUGUGAUAAGGAUGCAAAAGGUGCCCCCUCCCCCCCGUGCCCUCCCCUUCUUUUGCCCCCCCUUGAGUUGAAUUACUUUUCAAAUAUCUCAUCCGUUUACGACUAAUGACACCACCCAGCAGAAGCACUAACCAUAAUUAAAAGUCAAAUCUGAAUCUUCACAUGAACACAGAUGUUGAUUUAGCACAUCUACUGUGUGUAUUUGUGUGUGUGUGUGUGUUCAUGUGGGUGUCUUUGUGUGUAGGACUUGAAGCAGCAGAACCAGUACCAGGUGUUUGAGCGACAGCUGGACGAGAGUCGCUGCGCUAUGCAGGAGCUGCAGAGAGAAAAUGCGGCUUUGAAGAAACAAUUAAAGGAAAAGUAAGAAAGAUGUUUGAAAAUAUCUCCACAACACUGAGAUCACAAGGUGCUGCAAGGAAUUUUUAGCUGACAUGACGCUUUUUCUUUACUAACUUUACAACAAAUCUUCAUAUUUUAACACUUUCACAUAUCAAUAUUCCAUCAACAUUUUACAUAUAUUGCACAAAUUUCCAACUGUAUCUAAUAUUUCUCCACUGCAGAGCAGAGACAUAGUCAGACAUAAACUUUAGUAACGUUUCAGUAGAAUAACUGUGUAGUAAAAUGAAACACUUUUCACUCAUGUCCUUAUUUCUCACCUCUCUUGCACUGUCCCUUUUCUCCUGUUUGAGGGUAAACAUAAUAAACAUAUGAACAAUGAACAAGUUUAUAGCCUGAACCAAGGGCAUCAGUAGUCUACAAUACACAAUGCCUUUACUGCGCAAAGUCUGCUCUCAAUUGAGACACAAGAUCAACCCAGUUUUUCCAGUAGUUUUUAAAAGUAUCUGUUUUUAGUCUAGAUGAGAAAGUCAGCUUCUCCAUUCUAUAUAUAUCGAUCAUUACCUCUACCCAAUCCUCUAUUUUUGGUGCAUCCGUAUUUGUAAUGUGUAUUUUUCUCCAGACCUUGUUAUCUCCUGGUUCUCUUUUCCCAAAUAUAAAACUUCAAAUGUAAGUGGAAGUUUCACAUUUUUUCCAUACUCUUCUUUACCUCUAAAAAAUAUGAAAAUGAUUGGCCUUAUUCUCCCCACACGGUCUCCAACAUCAUAAAUCUUAUUUUUCUGAAUGUCAGAAAAAUGUGUUACGCAUUGUAGGCAUGAGCACUGCAUUAUGUAAAAAAUGAAUUUAUAAAAAUGAAUUAGCUUGAGAGUUUUCUUGAAGGUGAUACCUGAUAAUAAAACACAUAAAAACAACAAUACCUACCUUUUAUUUACAGAGCAAUGUACAAGUCCAGAUAACAAAGUGGGGAACAAAGAGAGCAGGUCGUAAAAUCACAAAUAUAAUAAAAGAAAAGUACGUUUUUAAAAAUGUUUUUUGAAGAAAAUUAAAAGAAAAUUUAACUCAAAACAUCUCAGGAAAGGCUCUUUUUUGGGGACAAAACUAUGUCUAAAGUAGGAACCUUUAGUGAACUGUAAAACCAGAGUUUAAACUGUAACAAAAACACAGAAAUUUCAUCACAUAAAGUUUUCAUUAUUUACACCCCUCCCAUGUGUUUACUGUCACUUUCAGGUCAGUGCAGCAAAACCCUCAAACAGAAGAGAAAGAAGAGGAAAGUGUGGAGCUGGAGAGGAAGAGGGACGCCCAGCUAGAAGAAGAAGCACAACGUCUGAAGGAAGAGGUGGAGAAACUGAGAGUGGAGAUGGAGAAACUGGAGGAGUCACAGAAGCACUGGGAGGAGAAAAAGGAGGAGGAUGUGAAAGAAGAGGAGGUGGAUGAGGAAAAGAAGAAGGAGCGGGAGGAGGAGAAGAUGAGAGAAGAGGUGGAGGAGAUCAAGAGGGAGCAUAAGAAAGAGAUGCAGAGUUUGGUGUCGGAGUACAGCAGCGCCCAGACACACCUGCAGGCUCGCAUCGUGGCCUUGGAGAAUGAGUGAGUAGAGGAUAGAGCAUGGAAACAUGUCAACAUGUCAAAACUUCAAGAACGUGGGGACAGGUAUGAGAGAAAGGCGUGUGUGUGUUUGUGUAUAUGAUUUAACUGCAGACUGCGUGAGCGGGAGGAACGCUGCAGGAGGAGGGAGCCGCGAUGUGACGACCUGUCACUGGGGAGACUUCAGGAACGGCUGACAGAGAGGGACCAGCUCAUUAAAAGAUUAGUGGUGAGAGCAAACACACACACACACACACACACACACACACACGAAAACUGAACAACACUUGUUUACCUGAGGUGCUAUUGUCAACAAUUUGUUACAGACGAAAACCAACAAUGUUUCCUUACCACUAAAGAGUAUUUUAGCUUUGUCCGUAGUUAUUAGAGAUGCACCAAUCAAUUUUUUUCUGAGCCAAUCCGAUACCAAUACCUGGGCUGAACGUAUCGGCCGAUAUCUGAUACCGAUCCAAUACUACUGUUGAAUGAAUGAACUGUAUACCUUGCCCUGUGAGUGAAGGCAUCAAACUUGACAUUAGCCUUGUUAAAAGAAAGGUAAAAAAUUAACACAGAUGUAAAUUUACUUAAUGUUUUUUAUUAACAAAUAAAAAAAUGCACAUUAGCACACAGCAAAAAGAAGUAAGACUUUCAUUUAUUAAAAGAAAAAAUAAUUUUAAAAAAAGACUGGAUCGGAAUCUGGAUCGGCAUCAUUCAUCCGAUAUCCGAUCCAGUUAAUUUGUCAAUAUUGGAGCCGAUAUCCGAUCCAAAUAUCGAAUCUGUGAAUCCCUAGCAAUUAUGCUGAAAAAAACCUCAAUAAAACACUCAAACUGUGACUCUGGACGCCCCUUCAUAUUUAAAACCUCUUUUCCUGUUUUCCUCUCUUUUCUGUAUUUGUCAUGAGGAAACACACAUUUUAUCAGACGCUAUUUAGACAUUGGAUAGUUUGUUUCAAUUCAAAGAAAUACAUCAAGUCUCCUGCUGCAGUAAAGACUCAACAAAACACUAAAAGUAAAUCAGUCUUCAGCUGAAAACAGACCACGGCAAAUGUGCCGUUCGCUCCUCUUGUGUUCUGGAAAAGCUGCAGCUGUUUUGGUAAAUGAGUUGUAUCUUUUUGUGACCUAAUUUUGAAGUGUUACAUAUUCAGUUGGAACAAAUAGGCUUGGUGCUGAUUGUUACGCAACAGACUGUAGUACUUGUAUGAAAUCGGGUUAAGCAGACUUCAUAAGAAUAGCUUUAUAUUAAUAUACCUAUUCAAACAAAAGUGUAUUGCAGGCAGAUGCUCUGGCAUUUGCUUCCCUACUUGCACGCAGACUCAUACUUUUUAACUGGAAAGCAAACUCAGACCCUUUAUUUCUACAAUGGUUGAGGGAUCUUUCUUUCUAUCUUUUCUACCUUAAGAGAAACUGAGAUACCAAACAUGUGAAGCCCACAGAAACUUCACCCUGAUCUGGAGUCCCUUUAUAGAAUUUGAAGAAGGUUCUCCCUUUCAAUGAAACAUCUGAAGUUGUAUUGGAUAGUUGGAACCAUUUUAUAACAUGCUCAAAACACUGAUUUUCUGAACUUAUGAGAAGAGGUCACUUUUUCUGUUUAAUUUAUAUUUGAAGAGCCUUGGGGGAGGGGGUCUGUGUUUGGAAGUUGUAUGUCAGUUAAUGGAAAACUGCAAAAUAAAGUCUAAAAAAAAAGUUGUUUACAAAGUGAGGCUUGGUUGGUAAAUGUCAAACUAAGUGGAGGAAAGAGUAAAAAGGAGGAAAGUGAUGAAAAACGAGGAAGAAUAAGAAAUGGAAUAAAAAGAAAUAAAGACAAAAACUUGAUCAAAUAUGGAAAAGAGUCAUGAUGAGAAAAAUCUGUAAUGCUUUCUUUUACGGUACACUUAUUACCAUGUAAUUAACAGGUAAUUACCUAGUAACAACAUGAAAUUAUCUGGUAAUGACAUGAUAACUACUAAGUCAAUACUGUCUAGCUACCAGGUAGGUAACCUUCCAUCAUCAUACAAAUUUGAAGCCGAAUUUCUCUGGUAUUUCCAGGAUUUUCUCCGCUUCCUGGAACCACCACUUGCGCAGUAGCGUUGUACGCAUUCGGCAGGUGAGUCGCUGUGAUGACGCUCGGCUCAAACAGCGUAUCGCUACGCAAUCUUGGCACGCCCACAGACUGUAUCAAGUGUCAAUCAUAGAAAAUAAGAACCCCAAAUAGCUUUUGAAAAUGGAGCUGCACAGAAAAAAGAAAAAAAGAAAAACUAGAAAGUGUUGACUUAGUAGUUACAAUGUAAUUACCAGAUAAUUUCAUGUUGUUACAAGGUAAUUACCUGUUAAUUACCUGUUAAUAAGUGUACUGUAAAAGAAAGCGUUUCCGAAAAAUCUGUAAUUUUUAAAACUGUUUUUUAUUGUAGGAACCCAACGAUAAAUCUUCCUGAAAAGAUUUCAUGUGAAGUAACCGUGUUGAUCUUUCCAAAGUUAAACAGUUAUCAAACUUGAGCUCGACACUUCAACAGUUCAUCAUAUAGUCUCCUAGAACCGGUUGCCAUGACAACCAAACGCAUAUAUAACUUAAGUAACUGAAUGUAUUCUGGACCCAAGCGACCUCCUCUUCAUGUCCGCUCAUUUGCUGAAUGAGCAGGUUCCCUUCACAUCACGCGGGCCUCAUUAGCAGACAGGGUUGGCUCAGAUGCCGCUGGGGGAAGCGAGGAGUCUGAGGGCGUCUUUUAAUGUAGAGUCCUGGUGGCCUUGUAGUUAGGAUGUUUUUCAUGUUGAUGCAAUGUCCCUGCUUUUAUAACCUCUAGUUAGUUUGUUCAUUAGGCUCCUCCUUCAUUUACUCCAUAUUUUCUGUCUGUAGAAAUAUUUACUUCUAUUAAAUGCGUACACAUCUCACUGAAUACGCGGUAAACUGUCUGAUAUGAUAAAAAGCCCCUGAAAAUAGUGAUUAACCUCAUUAAAUUAAAGUAGGAAAGUAUGCUGUAACGGUGCACAAAGAACUGUCAGGUUCGUCAAAAGUUGUAAUAAGUACAAACAUCCCCCUGACUCUGAUCAGUGCUGUCAUUAAUCAUCUGCAGUUAUGCAUGCGUUUGGAAAAAUCCCUUAUUUUAGAAGUGUCCUCUGCCAGAGAGUGUGUGUCUGCCAUCUGUGUGGCAUGAGGCAGCUCAGCAAACAAGUUUACCCUCCAGACACAUGGCUUACACAAAAGCAACAACACCAACUGUGAAUGAGGCCAAUGAAAGUCCUUCCUUAUCCUCCUUCCCCCCAGGAAGAGAGGCAUCAGCUGCAGCUCCACCCUCCUGUGGCCGGGGACAACAGCACCCUCCGGCUUCGUGACAGCAAGUCCCGCCCGGGGAGUGCCACGCCAACCAUGAGGGUGAGUUUGUCUGUUCUGUUCAGGCACAAAUGUUUUCAUCAGAGCCGGACGCCUUCCAGCCAGAAGUGCUCACUGGGUCAGAGCCAAGUUCUCCCUCGACAGAUCGCCAAAGUCUCUGCGUACAUCACAAAGCUUCAAUAUAAUAUUCAGCUUGGUCUGGAGACAAACAGCCUUAGAUGAAGGAUUUUUUUUACUUGACAUUAUAGUUUCUUUUCAGGUUAUUUCUUAUAACCCUCAGUUUUUAUAUGAGUGAGAUUAAAAUGAAAUUCCUGUCAGAAACUACUCAAAUCUUUGCCAUUUGAAGUUGCGAGUGUAGGAUUUGGUGUGAAUAACCUGUAUUCAUUCAUUCAUUCUUGUGUCAACUAUGAACAAGUGACAGCAGACCGUCCUUACAGGUAAAUCUCAGAUUAGGACUGAUGCAUGUUUGCAGACAACAUCUAAAAUUAUACUCCAUCUGAUUUUUUCUGCGACAAACAUCUGCCUUCAGACAAUUUUAAAAAUAGCUGUCAAUCACUUCACUGAUAUUUUCGACAAAGUGUUUUGUUGUGGUCUCUGCUGUUUUGUUUUACUGGCAUAGUAGUGCUUUCCUUUUUUUAUGUUAUCAACCAGUGGUUAAAAAAAACAGUUUUAAAUAGGAUUUAGCCGCCGUGUGGUAGUUAAACCACAUUAAAGCCAGUCUUUGGAAAAAAAAUUAUGCAACAAAUGUUUUAUUAAGAUGAUAGUCAUGUGAACCUCUUUAGUUUCUUUUUUAAAACAACUAGUAUUCAAAAUUUAAAAAUAGAAGACUCACCCGAGUCUGUAAACUUUGUUUCGUUUUUAUUUAAAGUCAUAGAUUGGAGACAUAGUGGAACCUGUUGCAGGUUCUUUGUCCUGUAUACAAGCAAGUUGUGCUUCAUACCAAAAAUAAUCUUGUUCUGUUUUCUUUAAACUGUUCAGUGUAUCACUCACUGUUGACAUUUGAACUGGAAAGUAUAAAAAGCUCCUUCUUGCACUGCAUUUUGUCUCGUCUUACUCAUCUCAUGAGUCCCAAGGAAAUUAUGCAAAGAAAGUGGAAAAACAGUAGAGAUGAAUGUGUUCUGGCAGCAGCAGCAGCAGCAUGAGAGCAGAAACUGGUUAUAAGGCUGAUAGUCUCUUUUGCUAUUGUUGUGAGAUCAGAGAUCUUGCACCUUCUUGACUUUGAUUGGUUGGAGAUGGAGUAGUGACAUUGACUGACACAGUGGUGUACCAAAAGUUAAAUUUUUUUUUCUUAGAGGCGUGUGAGCACAGCAUAUGAAAAGUGCGGAUAUGAAAAGUGCUGAUGCUGACACAAGACCCAGAUGGCCAAAAACGUUUCUGCAUCAGUUUUGUACAGAGACCGGUGCAAAAAUGCUGUUAGUGGACACAGGCCCUAAUUGUUUAAGCUAUUUUAAACAUCCUGCUUUAGCUGAUGUGUUCAAUGACAACUUAUCAUGGUAGUGGUUUGGAUACAACAGGGUAGCAAAGUGAUUUUAAAGGGAUAUUCCAACAUAAAAUCAAUUUAUUUUGACGCAGCUCAAGGAAGAACAUUUAUGAUAAUUUCUUCAUAGAAAUACAAUCAGACCGAGACACUAAGGCAGAACUACCGUGUCUGCAGUGCAAAAUGAUUAAUAUGAUGAUUAUUACUUCAAGGAAAUGAAAAAGUAAUGAUCAUAAAAGUUCUUCCUUGAGCUGUGUCACCCCACUGCAGUAGUGAUGGGCUCGCUUGAGGUCUCUGUACAAACAAGCGGCUGCUGGAAGAGGCCCUCAUUGUAUAAGAUAUUGCAACAUUCAUCUCUCGACAGGGUGUCUAACUCGAUGUUAUGGUGGAAUAUCCCUUUAAUCACUGAUAGACUCAUCAUUUGGAUUAGUUUUACACUCAGACUAAGUUUGUGUUUUUAAUUUACAGAGGAAGCGUGUGGAGUCUCCGCCUCGUGUUACCAGCAUCUCCAGCGCCAGUGCUUACGACAGGAACAUCUUUCUCCCCAACUCCUCCUCAUCGUCUUCCACCUCCUCAGUCCAUCAGCACUCCUCCUCCACCCUUCCCCACCAGUCCUCCUCCCACCCUCAGACCUCCCCCCAUUACUCCACCUCCUCUCUUCCACACAAGCACACCUCCCUCUCCCUCAGCCAACAGUCCUCCCCCUGCCUUCCUCGCUCCACCAGAUCCAGGACUUCCUGCAUCCCUCCAACUCCGGCGCCCACGGCCCCGCUCCCCGUCUGCCCCUCUGCACAGACUGGCAUCCGCUACGUGUCUCCCUCCUGUCAGGAGCCGCACCUGCAAGCCCAUUCAAUCAGGUUAGAACAUUUUUUAGGUCUCUAUUUAAAAAUAGAUUUGGUGAUAUCAGGGACUCAAAUGUCUUUCCUCUUCUUUUAGGGGCCCGUAUCUGGAGCCAAGGGGGACAGAGGGGCUAAAACAGGAGUGGUUCACCAAAUACUUCUCCUUUUGAGCACAAAUACACACACACUGCAUCUGCAAAUACAUUUCUUCAUAUACAGUUUAUUGCUUCUGAUCACACACACACACAAACAUACAUAAACACAUCAACAGACAUAUGGGCUCAUCACCAGCAAGGCCAUCUCAAACAUUGCCUCAAAGCUCAACCAAAAAGUGCUUCUCAAACACAUGCCUGACCUCGUUUGUGAACAAAGGUCUGCUGGAUCUUGUUUGUAUAGUUUGAAAUGUCUCCAUAUCUUUUUCUUUUUUUAAACGGUCUUCCUUUUUUAAAAGAAUGCAACCUUUUCUCUAAAUCUCAUCACAUAGUUACUCCGGGGCAAACGUACAUUUCUUACGAUGAACAACCAACAAGUUUCUCUUUGAGUAUGGAUACAUUCGACGUAUUCAACCAAGAUCCUCGUCAAAAAGGACACACACGACUCGACAUACCAAAAUGAAGCUUGUUUUAAUGCAAAAAUGUAUGAUAAUCUUAAUGGACAAAUUGAAUAAAUAUUUUGUUUUUCUACGAGCCUCUUCUUUUUGUAGUCUUCGGACAGCUUUCCGCCAGGUCUUGCUCCACCCUAAAUGGGUUCGAUCCCUGAGAAGUUAAAAAACAUUUUGGGAUUAUGUUUGUGAAUGGUUUCCGCUUCGCAUGGUGCAGUUUUAACCUGAAUUUGUGUGUGUGUGUGGAAAUAGUAAAACAUUUAAUAAAACCUUGAUCCAGACAAAGGGUCAGUGAUUUGCA